AUGCCAUCUUCCCAAGAUCCGCACAUCGCCAUUGUAGGCGCAUCUCUCACAGCUCUGACAUUCACUCUCUCCCUACUCCAUCACAAUCCAUCUCUAAACCCGUCCAAAAUCGUUCUCUACGAAUCCCGACCACCUGCGGAUCAACCCGGAGGCCAAUGGUAUACACGAGGAGCGACAGCUUCGGAGAGCCCAACGAGGCCGCUCCUCCUCACACCAAACGCACUCAAGAUCCUGGAGAAGCUGGGCAUCUACGACCAGAUCAAGAACAAUGGCUUUGCGAUGUCGCGCACGGUCUAUCGCGAUGUCGAUGGAAAGUUUCUGGGUUCGGCGACGUUUGGUGGUGAGAAGGAGUUUGGGUACGAUGCGCUGAGGAUUGAGCGGAUGGUGCUUCUCCCUGUCCUAUUGCGGGUCAUCGAGGACAGAGGAGUGAAGGUUGAGUAUCACACCUCUGUUCGUGGCGUCGUAUCAGAAGACGAGAGUGGUGUCACAUUCGAAAUCCGCCAGGCCGGCAGGACUACGAAUGUCCAAGCAGACCUACUCAUCGGCUGCGACGGCAUCCACUCCAAAGUCCGCUCACACGUCCUCGGCCAGCCCUGCAAUCCCAUAUACCACGGCUUGAUCAUGGUGCCCUUCAAAUUCGACACGACCAAAAUCCGCUACACCUCCACCUUCGACCCCAACGAACUCAGCCUGGGCGUAUCAACAAAGAAAGGCACCAUCAUGAUGAUCCCCGCAGACCCCUCGGGGACACCCUCCAUGAGUUUUCGACAGUUCAAAUAUCCCGAGCAGACUCGCGAGGGAUGGGAAGCACUCGAUGCUGACAAGGAUAGACUGGCGAAGAUGCUGACGGAGGAUAUCGAAGAGUGGGCUGCCGAGUCGGAUUUCGUGAGGAGUAUAUUCGAACAAGUCAAGCCGCAAGAUACGCUUGUUUGGCCGGUUUAUUCUCUGCCGAAACUCGACCGUUGGGUCAGCGAUGGUGGCAAGGUCAUCAUCAUAGGCGAUGCAGCGCACAGUCUAAUCCCAGCGGCCGCUCAGGGGGCGAACGUGUCGAUCGAGGACUCCUGGACAUUGGCAAAAGUGCUCAGCGAGUCAACCCACGCUACCGAAACCAAAACUCUGCAACAUUGGCAAUCAACCAGAAACGAAAGGAUCGUAAAGGCCCAAAAACUCUCAUUACAACUAAUGAACGCCCGCCUCCCGGUGGAGGAACAAGCCAAACUCCCCAAAGACCAAGUCUUCGACUUCGAAAGCCAAUCCAACGAUCUCAAAUGGCUGUUCGAAGGCGUAGAUUGA